UCCGGUCCUUCAAUACUACAACUGUGACCCACUGCUCCCUCUCCUUUAUAAACAAGGGUCUCUCCGUUGAAGAAUCGUCAAAAAAUUCAUAAAUUGCCCCAUAAACAAAAAGCCUCGUAGCUAAGAGAGAAAGAGAAGGACGAUGGCAAGGGUUUACUUUGUCUUAGGGUUAGGGCUUGCCAUAAUGAUAACGCAAGUCUCCACACGAACGAUUCCGGGUGAUAGCCUGAGCAACCAUCAGCCCGAGCAGAUGGUGCUGCAAGGCAGUGCGCCAGAAGCGGCCGCUCCAGCUGGGGCGGGCCUUGAUGACAAGAAGAACUUCAUAGCCUGGGGAGGCGUUGGUGGCUUCUCAGGUGUCGGGGGCUAUGCGGGCAUGGGAGGUGCUUUCCCCAUCCUAGGCGGGGUUGGUGGUAUCGGGAAGUUUGGCGGUAUAGGUGGGGCAGCCGGGAUAGGAGGCAUAGGUGGCAUGAUCCCUCAUGGUGUGGGUGGUGUGGGCGGUGUUGGCGGUGUGGGUGGCACAAUGGGCGGGAUGGGAGGUGGAGGUGGAGGUGGAGCUGGGGGCCUAGGUGGUGGGACGGGCGGACUUGGUGGAAUCGGUGGGGGAACAGGUGGAAUCGGCAGUGGGGCUGGAGGUUUAGGCGGUGGUACAGGUGUGGUUGGCGGUGGUACAGGUGGGGUUGGCGGUGGAGCCGGAGGGAUAGGUGCUGCACCUGGUGGCGUAGGUGGGAUCGCUGGCGGAGGCAUACAUCCGCAUCCUUGAAUUCUCCUUGAUUAUAACAAGAGUUCAUCUAAUAAUUUCUCGUCCUAGUUAUGGUUCGUUUUUGUUUUUUAGGUUUAGCAAUCCUUGGGGUACUUGUCGUAAGUCUAGUCUUAAUUUUGAGUCCUGUGACCACUUCUCAAUUGUUGGUCAUGUCUAAUUAUCGAUUGUCCUAUUUCAUUUUGCUGAGAGUACGUUCAUGUUUAGGUAUCCUGGUGAUGAAGAAGUUAAUUUAUGUAUCCAUGCAUGCAGUUGGCUUUCGUUCAUUAUUACAAGAUUAGACAUGCAUCGUC